GGGGCUAGGUUUCUGGAAGAUGUUUGAGGCCCCAAAAGGGGCAACGAGUUAGGGCGCGGGAAAAAGGCCAGGGAAAAUAGGGCAGGACUAUUUAAGAGGCGUGGGUAUAACACCGAAGUUCGGCAGGAGUCGGCUGGGCCGAGACCUGCAUUUGAGGAAAAAAAUGUAUUGCAUUCCUUGGGGAGGGCCAGACUCACGUAGGGGCGGGGUCAGGGAGCUGUGGUUAAGCUUUAGCUGCUUGGUUGGCCGGAGGCUGAGAGGGGGCGGGCCUAGAACGUGGAAUAGGCCCGCCCACGCAGGGGCGUAGUCAUGGCUGCGGAGGAGGUUUAUGACCCGGGAGAUUGCGGAGGCGGUUCUAUUAGGGGCGGAGCCCGGAGGGGGUGGGGCCUGUGGCGGGUGGCGGCGCCUCGCGGAGUGGGCUGCGGGCAUGCGGGGCACGAGCUGCGUGGGCGGUGGCGGCGAGAGCCCAGGUAGCGCCGGGCUAAGCGAGGGACCGCGGGGCCGCUGGCUGCGCCUGGCUCCGGUCUGCGCCUACUUUCUCUGCGUCUCGUUGGCCGCCGUGCUUCUCGCUGUCUACUACGGUCUCAUCUGGGUUCCCACGCGGCCCCCCGCUGCCCCAGCAGGCCCGCCGCCCAGCGCUCCGUAUCCUCCGUGCGCCGCCCGCCCCGGCGUGCCGCCCGCCCGGGCGCCCGAGGCUGCCUCGGUGUCCUGCCUCCUGGGAGCCCCUGGCGGGCCGCGACCCCAGCUGCAGCUGCCGCGCAGCCGCCGCCGCCGCCGGAGCCGCUCGAUGCCCGGAGAGACGCCGGAAGCCGCGGAGGAGCGAGGACCCGGGUAAUCGUCUCCUCCAUCCCGAGCUGGACCGCCGGCCUUUGAGAGCUCAGCGCCCCCACCGCGGAUGCGCUUUUCCAGUUGGGCCCAGGCUCCCUGUUCACGACAUUGCCAACCAAGCGUUUCUGGAGUUGGUAUCCUAAAGAAUGCGAGGCGAAGGGGAGCUGGCUGCGGGCCUCACCCAUUGCGGCUCCUCCGCCGUCGGGCCGGGUCCUCCACCAUCCGGCAGACCCCAUGCUGACCUCAGCCUCCUGACACUCUCUCCUUAGGAUUCUGAGCACAGAGCCCACAGCCCAUUUCCUCCCCUUCUUGAAUCUGCAUAUGCGUAUAUCCACCUGCAAUAAACUCCAGUCCCAACAGC